AUGGUGACUAUACGAAAGAAACGUGGGAAGUCAUCCUCGAAGGCUAAAGAGCCAAAAUUAGAGCCCGAGCUGGCUCAUCAAAUUUUGAUGCGGUCCAUGAACGAGUCCCGUGAACGCUUGUGUGAAGAGGAGAUUCAGCUCCGUCAACGUAUAAUCGAUGAGGAGCGAAGAGUUAUUGAUGAUGCACUUUCCCGUGAGUCAAACAUCCGUACCGUAAUUCUGGAAAAUGAGCUAAAGGCCAAAUAUGAAGAACUAAGGAAAGAUAUGAUGGAUUCGAUUAUGAAGCGCGAUUGGGAUCUUCAACUCGUGCAAGGUAAACUAACAGGUAUGGAGAAAGCGCAAGAAUUUCUUAUGAAGGAGAAGGAAACGGCUCUCCAACUUGCCAGCAAGCUUCAGGACCAACUUGAUCUGGCCCAAACAAUGUUUUUCGAGGAACGUGAAAUGCUGAAAAGUCGCAUUAAUAAGCUGGAAAAGGACUGCCGGGACUCGACAAAUGAGUCCAUUGAAUACCAAGCCCACAUCAGAAAGCUUGAAGAGUCUAACCGGAAUAAACAGGCGGCCUUCGAUGCAUCCUCAAAGGAGUUAAUCGUGUCGCAAACACCCGAUUCGCCCACAUCCGCUUCUGCUUCCGCUUCUGGGACGGAUGCCACCGGGAAUAGCGAUCUUGAGGAGGACGAAAACGAAGAGGACUUUUCCGAGGUGGAUAAAGAAACCGCAGCGCUUGUGGAGGUACUCAGAAGAGAAGUUGAGGUUUACAAGGAGCAGAUCGCCAACCUACAAAAUAAACUCCAUUCGAAGAAUCGCGACGAAGAAAAGACGAGCUUACUCGUCGCUGUACUGAACACGCAACUGGAGUCGGUUCGUGAAGAGAAUAAACACUUGCGUGAGACCGCACAAAAGCGAAUGGAUGAUAUCAAGUCGAUGCAAGAUUUUGUGCAAAGCGAACGUGAAAAAUAUUUUGCUCUCCUGGGAAAGGCUGAAAAUGCGGGUUCCGAAGCGUCAGUAAAGCAAACUCAGCUGCAGCUCGAGUUAGACGUCCACAAGAAGCAGGUGAUCGAGUUGACUUCUUCGCUUGAAAAAGUGACCAAUGAGCGUAACGCCCUCACAAAAAAACAUGAGGAAUAUGUUGAAAAUGCGAUUAAUCGUGAGCGAGAAGACUUUCGGGCCAAUACAUCAAUGAAAGCCCUAGUAGAAAAACAUCAAGACGAGAAGGAGCGGUUGUUAGAGGCAAACAAAAAAGCUCAAGAUGAUAUGUUCAACUACAAGGUCCUCACACGGGCAGAAAUGGACAGUCUGAAGAGUCGAUUGCAUACCAUGCAGGAAAUUUUAGACCAAAAGGAGCAGGAGAUUGUGAAAGUUACUCGAACGCUAAGUUCUGAAAAUGAGCAGUUGAAAGCGGAACGCGAUCAGUUGUGGGCUACAUGGCAAACCAAGACUCAAAGUAUGGAGGAAGAGCGGCAGAGCUUAAUCAAUCAGCGCGAUGCGCUGGCGGAGGAACUGAAGAAUCUCAGGAAGAGUUCCGCCGAAACGGAAAAGCAGCUCUAUGAAAACCUUGUUAUCAUGACGGCUUGCCAUGAUUCAAAGAAAGAAGAGCUUGAGCGGGAACAGGCUCGUUCAAGAGAGAGGGAUAAGGAGUACAACAACAAUAUUGUUUUCUUAAGGGCGGAUAAUGGAAAUCUCAAGACCAAAAUGUCCGAGAUACUCGCUUCGGCAGAGCAGAGGGAGAAGGAGGAUCUGGAACGUAUCACUCAUCUCGAGCGACAGAUUGGUGAGCUCAAUUCGAAAAUAGCCGUGGAGUACAUCCAGCGUGAUGAGACGUUGGCGAAAGCGGUCCAGCGGGCGGACCUCGCCGAGCGCAACGUCCGGCGACUCCAAAAUCAACUCCAAGAAGCCCACGAGAACUCCUCCAAGAAGGCGAUGGAGUCGUCAGACGUCGUGAAGGCCCUCCGCGCCGACGCGCGGGAGCUCAAGAGCGAACUCGAUCUCGCCAAGCGAACAAUCGAGCGACUGGAGGGCGACAUCGGGGAUCGCGCGAACUACAAACACCUCGCCACGAUGAACGAACACCUCACGGAGGAGCUCGCCGGGUAUCGCGCGCAGGUGGAUCGUCUGAGGGAGGAGCUCCGCAUCGCGCAGGAGGAUCAGCGGCAGCGCGGAUCCUCGAUUGAAAAGAUGGUGGAGGCCGGGGAGAAGGCGCGGCGACGGGCGGAAGGGUUGGAGCGGGCGCAGGCUCUUCUUUCUCCGCUUUUGGCGGCGUUGAGGGCGAGGGUGGGGGAGAGUGCAGGGGGGAUCGGGGACCUCUCGGACGGCCUCCGUGAGGCGCUCGAGCGCUACGACGCGGCGGUGGAGGAGAUCGCGCGGCCGAUUGAUUGCCCGGCGUGUGGGCGACCUUUACCGACGUCAACGAGGACGACGACGACAACAGCAGCGGAUGAGAGGGAGGGGGAGGGAGCGGACCUCCGUCGGACCCUCCCGGCGGUGCUGCAGCCCCGCCCGGCCCCUUCGCUCGCCGAUGGCGCCUCCGCCAUGCGGAUGGAGGGGCCCUGCAAGCCAAAACAAGGCAUCCCCCGGUAUGGGCGUUAUAAAGAGGUGGCCUUACCCCAGAUCAAUACAUUGUAG